CUCCCUGUCUGAAUGAGGAAGUCCGGAGGGGUGGGCGCGACACCGUAUAUAUAAUCGCGUGCCUGCUCUUCCUCCCGCUUCACUCCCCGGUCCCUGCGAGCCGCUCAGUCUAUAGGUGUUUCUAGUCAAAUCAGUGCUGUAGAACCAUGGCGUGGGAUGGCUAUAUAACCAACCUGAUGGCAGGAACCCCUCCCUUCGUGGAAGAGGCAGCGAUCUGUGGGUCUGAGGCGGGGAAGGAGUCGGUCUGGGCGGCAACACCUGGAGGUCAGCUGGCUGGUGUGACGGCUGCAGAGAUCAAGGCGAUGAUGUCCUUGGAUCGUUCUCCUCUCUUCGCCAGUGGUCUUCAUCUCAGUGGGAACAAGUGUACUGUCCUGAGAGAUAAUCUCCACACUGAGGGGGACAACACGUUAGAUGUUAAGAUGAGGCCCACUGCUACUGAUACCAACUCCUACAGCCUCACCAUCGCUAAGAGUGGCAAGGCUCUGAUCAUUGUUAAAGGGAUGAAGGACAUUCCAGGUGGAAAGAUCAACAUAAAGGCCUCAGACAUGAUGCAGUACCUGAGGAAGAGUGGCUUCUAACGCUUGACCCCUGACCCCGACACCCCCCCUUAGAUGCUGAUCUUGGUUCAGUUUAGCAUUCCCCCACUAAUGGUUAGGAUUGGGGGAAGCUCGUCUGUGCCUCGUGGAAACGUUACCCAGCAGCCUCAGUGCCUUGUUGAUGAUGAUAUGCAAAUGUUCAAACAUGUGAAAUUAUCAGAGUGGCAAAUGAAAUAAACAGAUUUAUUCUAAGAAAAUA